AUGUUACCAGACCGCACGUACAAGAAAGUCGCGUCAGAAGAGGACCAACAGCAGCAGCGCAAGAAGGACCAGACUACAGCCGAACAAGCCCAUCUAGACCAGAUCAGUUUGGAAGAGUACAUGAACAAGCGACUGGCCGGCCCUCCUCGAUCCAACUUGGUCCUCUCUUCUGGUCUCUAUCGCAACCACUACCUCCGAUAA